AAGGAGCAGAGACAUGAAGAGACCUCACGACUACAGCUCCCCAGACUCGGACACAGACGAGUUUAUCGACGUGGGACAGGAAGACAGCUACUGCCCAGUCACCGGGUCCAUGUCUCCUGGCAGCGCCUCACAGAUUCUGGCCCGAAAGAAGAGAAGAGGGAUCAUAGAGAAGAGGCGCAGAGACCGCAUCAACCACAGCCUGUCAGAGCUCCGGAGACUUGUGCCCAGUGCCUUUGAGAAACAGGGUUCAUCUAAGCUGGAGAAAGCAGAGAUUCUGCAGAUGACAGUGGACCACCUCAAACUGCUGCAUGCCAUGGGAGGAAAAGGAUACUUUGAUGCGAGGGCCCUGGCAGUCGACUACAGGACCCUGGGUUUUAGGGAGUGUGUUGGGGAGGUGGUGCGAUACCUCAGUUCCCUUGAGGGCGAGUCCCCGGACCCUAUAGGAGCCCGCCUGGUCUCCCACCUCUCCCACUGUGCAAGUGAGCUAGACCCUCUCCUCUUACAGACGCCCCCAGCCUCUGCCCUGCCCUUCCCUCCUUGGCCGUGGGCGUCCUUCCCUCAGAUCUCCCCCACCUCGCCGGCCUCCUCCUCACCGCCUUUCCCCAAUGGGCGAAGAGAUCUUGCUCUGCUGGGGAGCUACCCAUCAGCCGCCUCCCUUCGCCUCGCCCCCCUGGCUGGCUGCCAGCAGGGUGUGCCACCGCUCCUCGCGCCUACAGCUCUGGCCACCGUCCACAGGAUGCCCGCCCUCGCAGCAUCCCCUGCCCUAGCCCCCUCCAGACCGACCCAGCCGUCCCCUCACUGUGCCACCAGGGCCUCGCCUCUUCCCAUCCCCACCCCUUCCUCUUCCUCUCCUUCCACCUCCUCUUCCUCCUCCUCUACUUCAUCAUCUUCUGCUCCACCACAAAUCUCUUUCAGGCCCUUUGCACCUCUGGGGUCUCCCACAGCCCAGCGCAGGGGCUUCAGCGGAUCAGCUAAGGCGGCCCAGGGAUGGGGGACUGAGAUCGGAGCUUUCUGAGGCUCAACUCUGGUUUUGUUUUCCAAAUGAACUCUGUACAGUGGACAUGGAGCUCCCAUGUGCACCAUGUAGCAAAUAUGAUCCCUUUGGAGAAAGAAGUAUUGGACCUUUGAUGACUGUGUCCACCUUUAAGGAACUCUAAAAGCCAUAUCAGACUAUGGGUGAAGUUUUAGAUAAACACAAACAAUCAUAUAUGAUAAAAGAAUGGAGGAAUGUGAAGAAAUAGAUUUCAAUAAAUUUAUGUUCAUGAUCUUGCUUGAGAAAUACACACAUAGAAGAGUGUCCAACAGAGCCAUAUACAUAUAUAUAUUAUAUAAUGCUCAACAGGGUGAUGUUGAGUUUUCACUGAUCUUUUAACUGUGAUAUUUGUUUGUUUUUUUCAAAAACAUUUAUACAUUUGAUUACCUUUUCCAACUCUGAAGAAUGUUUGACAAAAAUCUCUAUAAAGACUAAGUGCCUUUA